AUGCCAUCUGCAAGGCACUGGAGUUUGAUAACAUUAAGACCCAUCACUGGUGUAUGCAUACAAGGAUGUAGUGCAGUGACUGGAGGAAACCUCCUAAUAGGGAUACACUGGUUAUUGGAUGACAUGUCCAGUCGAAUCUUUACAGCCGACUGA